ACCCUGGGGGAAAGAGAGAGAAAAUACAACCCAACAAUAAAAGCGCUUUAAAGAACGACAUUUUUAACCUUUUACUUGGUUGAUUGAGAACAACAUAUUCGAGUAGCAUAACUUUUGGCACCCUACGAUCAUUAGUCUGAGUACACAAGCUAGUUCAGGUAGCAGGUCACGGCAGCUGGAGGUGUGUGUGUGUGUGUGUGUGUGGGGCGUGUUCUUGUGCAUGUGUGUGUGUGUUGCGCCUUCCUGAUGUCUAGCUGACCGACAGUUUUCAGAGUAAGCUGAGGGAAAGCUUUUCCUCGCCUGGUCCGUGGAGUUUCACCUAAGAAAAUCAGUUUUACGCGUGGAAUUGUAAUAGAUGUAUUAUUAUUAUUUAAAGGAAGGACUAUAAAAUAUUUUUUUUCUCAAGGGAUUUUUUUAUUUGCACGCAUUUUUACACAAAACCUGCGGUUGUAACCACUGAUGGCUGUUCCUGGAGUUGUCUAAACCCUUAAGCUGAACUUUUUGUAGUGUUAUUUGGGGUUUUUUGGGGUCUAUGAUUCAUUGUAUGAGUCGCUGGCGGGAAUCAGGAAAUCACUUGGACUGAAAUCACUCACGGACUGAGUUUUGUAAACGAGGAGCGUGUAAGGUUUAAGCAGAUCGCUGUGUUCCCCUCUGCGCCGGGCAUCUCACAUGGGGCAAUCCAGAGGGACUUCCUGGGCCACUGAGACGUGACUCUAGGCUUGGUGCAGUCUCCUGGCCCCGAAAAUCUCAGACAGACAACGGGGUGAACUUUAAGAGAGACAAUGGCGUCCCUACCAAAAUGCAUCGAUGACCCAACAAAGAGCAAGUAUUCUCAGUACUACAAUUCAGACCUCAUCAAAUUGCACUAUGUCUGUGCCAAGAACAUGAGCCAGCAGGAUGUGGAUGAACGUAUGUCUCAUAAAGAUGGGCAUAGCUUGCUCAACAUCAUCUUUAUGAUCAUCUGCAGCAUCAUUAUUCUGGAGAACCUCCUGGUGCUCAUUGCUGUUUUCCGAAACAAAAAGUUCCAUUCAGCCAUGUUCUUCUUUAUUGGCAAUCUAGCAUUCUCAGAUCUGCUGGCUGGCUCUGCCUACAUCGCCAAUAUAUUUCUAUCAGGAUCAAGAACUUUUAAGCUAACGCCUGUGCAGUGGUUCAUAAGAGAAGGGACUGUUUUUAUUGCAUUGUCCGCAUCAGUGUUCAGUCUGCUUGCCAUUGCUAUAGAGCGCUACAUUGCCAUAACCAAAGUCAAGGUGUAUGGCUCCAAUAAGACCUGCCGCAUGUUCCUGCUUAUCGGGGCAUGCUGGGUCACCUCAAUUCUUAUCGGAGGACUUCCUAUUAUAGGCUGGAACUGCAUCAACAAUCUGGCUGGAUGCUCGGCCGUUCUGCCUCUCAACUCUAGGCGCUACAUCUGCUUUGUGGUGACCAUCUUCAGCGUCAUCCUGCUUUCCAUUGUCAUCCUGUAUGUCCGCAUCUACCUAAUCGUCCGUUCCAGCCAUGAGGAAACCACUAAUUCACCUUCCUACGCUCUGCUUAAGACUGUGACCAUUGUCCUGGGUGUGUUCAUUGUGUGCUGGCUGCCUGCCUUCAGUAUCCUGCUCCUCGACACCUCAUGCAGGAUGUCCUCCUGUCCCAUUCUCAGCCAGGCCGAAAUCUUCUUUGGGAUCGCCACCUUGAACUCUGCUCUAAACCCGCUGAUCUACACACUGCGCAGUAAGGACAUGAGGCGGGAGUUCCUGCGCGUGCUAUGCUGCUGGGGGCUCCUCCACAGCGGCCGUCCAGCAGAACGCUGCUUGAUGCAGCUCAAGAGCUCGAGCUCGAUGGACCACUGCACGAGCAAACAUGAACAUCAGACCACUCCCAUCAUGCAAGACUGUACAACGUGUGUUUGAGCUGGGGAAAGUGUCCUUACUAUAUCUGUAAAGGUCCCUGAGAAAGUUGAGGUAUUUGUGUUUAAAUGUUAGGCACGCAAACAAAAGACACCCAAAGAAUCUGUCGGCCAGGGAGGCAUUAGGUGACAGAGGUUUGCAUGUGACUUUUUACAAAGCAGUCAGACCUGUGUGAAUUUUUUCAAUCACUUUUUUUAUUGACUCUUAGGAGCUAAACGCAAGUAUUGCAAUUUUAGUAUGGACACACUCUUUUUUUUAUACGACCUCCACUGAAUAUAAUUUUUACUUGUUUUGAUACCGUUAUUAGUCACCACGUCCUUUUUAGCCGUUUGGCAGUGACCUUUUUUAAUUUUACUUUGUCUUAAAUCAAAGUCUAAGAUAAUGCACUUUUAAGCAUAUCUGUGAUUGUAUGUAUUUGUGACUUGUGAGUAAGUCAAACUAACAAAGGCAAUGUUGCAUAAACAUGAACAGUUGAGUCCUGAAGUGACUCAGCAGACCUGAUUAACAAAAGAAAAGGGAGGUACUGAAUAGCUAGACUCCACUGCACUCCUCAUGAGCCAUGGGUGCAAAACCAUAGUAUGUAUUCCAUUAUAUUCCCCUUUAAUUAAGUACAGUAGACACAAAGUACUACACUUCAUUAUAUUGCAUGGCAUAACCUGUGUAUAAAUGAUUACUAUCUAUGGCGUAUUCAUGUACAAUUUCAUCAUUAACCCUUGUCUCUCAGCCUCUCUGGCUUUUGCUUGUGUUUGUUCGUGUGUGUGUCUGUGUGUGUAUAUAUAUGUGUGUGUGUUUUAUGAUAAGUGACUCCUUUAAGGAAGACUCAAACAGAAAGUACAUUUCCUAAAGCGAAAUGGCACUGACAUGUUUCACCCGGCCUACAGUAAUCCCCCGGACUUGUCUUGACAAUGUUGUAGCCUUGCUGCAGCAGCGUGUCCUUUCUGUUUUUGUGUUCUCCUAAAACUGAAUGUAUGCAUAAAGUGUCUGGAGCGAAAUGCUUCUCCUUGUGACAGUAUUACCGAACACUGAUUGUUUUCAUCUUGUUGAGUAUUGAGGCUGUCUGAGACAAUAACGAGGAGUAAUGUCACUGUGAAGUCUUGAAAAUGAUCACCAUGUUUUAGCUCACUGAUGAAACUCAGCAGGUUGCAGAGAUGGAAACCCAUGACAUUGGGAUAAAAUAAACUAGUCAAACCUCUUUUUUUCAUUGUUUUGUGUCAUGGCGUCUAAACGCACACACUUCAGGCGGAUGAGGGGGAGUCGGCUGCGCUCUUAUGUCAAAGGUCAGAGGCUAAUUACUUUGCCUAAAACCACACUUCCUGCACUGGCAGGAAGUUUAGUGUUUCCUAUGGUACUUCCUGUUGUUCAGGACUGACCUCAUCUUUUAUUAAUAUUCUCACAUACCACUCAAGCAUGCAAACAUGAAACGUUCAUCCCAAAUUGUCUUGCUGUCUUUUCCUCUGUUGACCAUCAGAGAAAGCACUUUGGCAGCUCUUCCAAAUUUAUUCAAUUAAUUUUUGUUGGUUCGUUCGUUUUUUUGCUAUUUGUUUUUCGCUUUUUUUAUAUGAAGACUGUGCAAGCAUGCCUAUCACUUCCAUUUUGUGUAAAACCCUGUGCAAAACAAGUUUUGUAUUAUGCAUUUAUGACAAUGUAUGUAUUGUAUUUAUGUCUAAUAUGUGUAUAUGUAUGAAAUGUCUUGUGUGCAAUAGCAUUGUGUGUCUAGUAGCGAGCUACCUGUGUUAAAACGGUACAAUCCUAAACACUAAUAUUGGUACAUAAACGUUUUUGUUCAUUACUUUUAUAUAAAAUAAAUCAGCUACAAAAUGCAAA